AUGUCCCUGGGGUCUGAGGUCCCUGCGGGCCAGGGGACGCCAGUACCAGGGGCCAGCAAGCCUGGCCCCCUCUGCACAAAAAAGAGGCAGAGGGAGUCUGCCCCUAAUAAGAUCGAGGGGGCACUUAGGGCCAUCGAUGGGGGGACGGAGAAGGGGGAGAGGGUGUCGGGGGCGAGGGUCGGUGGCCUGGUAGUCGUCACCGACAUCCUCCUCUCCCAAGGGUCCAGGUAUCAGGUCCGGAAAGCAGAGGGGAGGACACUGGUACAACCAGCUGCGGCUACGGAAAAGAAGAGAGGACGGCCUUCCACUAGUGGUGGAUCCACCACGGCGGUGGAAAUAGUGGAGGGACCGGAUCCGGUACUAGUGCCGGAACAGAAGAAGAGGGGCAGACCACCUACGGCCGGCCUAGGGGUUGGGAUAAAGGAGAGGAAGGAAAAGGAGGGGAAGGACAAAAAGGAAGAGCGCCUCAGAAAGCUGGAGAGAGAGGCAUGGAAUCUCAUGGAGAGGGGAAUAUGCCAAACUCUGGCGGAUAAGAGGCCCAAUGAGGAGGUGUUCAAGGACGGAUUCUCAAUGGGCCUUCUCAGGGGGGCAGGGUCGGCAGAGCUCGCAGAUGAGAUGGGACGGACCUUGGGUGCGGUCGGGUUGGUGGCCAAACGGUGCAACACCAAGGAACCCAGGGUAGCGGCACAAGAGGGCGAAGGAGCGGAGAGGCCGGAGGUGACAAGAGAACUGGAUGACCUCUGGGAGAGCAUAAGGGCACUGCGAGUGGAGAACCAGAAGCUCCAGGAGGAGCUUCAGAAGAGCAGGGCCCGCGAGGCUCAUACCCAGCCACCCCAACCAGAACCGGUAAGCAGGAGCAAAACUUACGCUGAGGUGACGACCGGGGGAGCGUCCACCUCAGCAGAGGAGGAAGGGGAAGAGGAGAGGAGAAGGAAAAUGAAGAGGAAGACUCCCGAGGGAGACUCCCUCUCCGGUGCGGAGACGGAACCGGGUAAGGUGCGCGGGGACCUGGAUGCCGCGAUGGCGACCAUGGCUCGGGCAUCCCCGGCCGGGGUGAGGAGGCUGACUGAUCAGAAGCCUCACCUCGUCUCGGGAUGGGACGGGAGCCGGGUCGCGGGGGAGACGGGAACCCCUGCACCAACCCAGGUCCAUAGGGGAAAGGAAAGGGAGAAGGAGAAGAAAGAGGACCGCGGUGGAAAGGAGAGCCAGGCCCAGGUGCAACGGACCGCAGCGGACCAAUCGAGGGAAAGGGAAAGGGCCAGGGAGAAGAAAAAGUGGAAAAAGGCAAAGGCAAGAUUCCAGGAGGAGAGGGAGAAGGAAACUGCCGAAGGAGGAGGACCAGAAAUCCCGGCAAGGAAACUGGAGGGACUGGGGAUAGAGGAAGGGCUGAGAUAUGCGCCUCAGGCAGAAAAAGGAGGGGGAAGCCAGCCCCCUCCAAAAGAACCCGAGGACCGGAGCAAGCAGCUGGAGGAGGUCAAUCCGGCCUCCUCUGCAACGAGGGAGGAGGUAAACUCCUCGGGAGGGGACCAAGAGGAGAAGGACUCAUCUCUGGCAUCCUGGGGGAUCCCUGAAAGAACAUCAACGCUGGUCCAGAUGGAGAAGGAGACGCUGUCCCAGAGGAAGAGGAGGGGAGAUGAGCGAAAGAAGGAAGGGACCAGCGGAUCCUCGGAAGAAGACUACACCAGGAAAGUUAGGAGGGUACAGUCCGACGACACACCCCCAACCACCCUAGGGGAAGGGGAGGCGGAGGGUGAUUCACCACCGUCUCCCCUCUUAGUAGUAUACGGCUUCCCCUCAUACCCUCCAAAGGUGGGAGAGGUCCAGGUAGGGACUCUCGCGAGGCAGUCACCCUCCGUGCACAAUGAGGCGCAGGUUGUAGCCACCAAAGCCGAAGCCCCCUCGGAGGAGACCGAGGCGGUCCAGCCGCCAGAGAUUUCCCAAGAGGGGGUGAAAGUAGACAGCCCGGAGGAGGCGUGUAAGGCCUAG